CGGAGCAAACAAAGCCUUGCAUCACACUUUUGUCAGCAUUUGGUCUGUGAUUUCGGGGAAGACUGCCGUUGGAUGAGUGGCCUAAGGUAAACCAUGACACCAGUCACCGAUUUUGAAAUUCUACCAAGACGAAGGUCAAAAGGCAAAGUUGUGAGGUUCGCAGAUAAUGAAGGACACAGCCUUUGUGAAGUUUUUAAAAUAAACUGUUCGCAAGAGUGCAAUGGACCCACCGAACCAGAUGAGAAAUCGCAUCGUCGCUUGCGAAAACCGAAGCCACUGACUCUUGUUACUUUGCCCUCAGCAGAAGGUAAUUUAAGGGCUCGGAUCCAACAAGAUACAGUAACCCUGGAAAAUGUUGUUAAGACACAAAGGGGGAUCAUUGGAAUGGUGGCAGUAAAAAAUAUGGCCUACGACAAAGAUAUCUUUGUACGAUUUACUUUCGAUUCCUGGCAAACGACACUCGAGACCCAAGGAGCAUUUUACAGACAAGAUCAAGAUAAUCAAGCAGAUUUUUUCGUUUUUGUUCUGACCAAUAAAGCAGCAUGUUACGAAUCAAACUGGGAUCUUGAGUUUGCCGUUAGUUACAGGGUUGCGGGACAGGAAUUUUGGGACAACAACAAAGGCAAAAAUUACAAGGUAUCGUCGGACUAAGCGCAGUGUUCGGCUAGGCCCAAGUGGGUCAUGGUUAUCGAUCGAGUCGUGGCCUUUGUACUUUGCUAGCGCUUAAGAACACACUCGAGUGAUUGCUGAUUCUAGAAUAAAAAUCUGCUUAGCUGAUUCACCUUAAAUGAAGGGAAGUCUGUUUGCUUAAAACACUAGAUAUUAACAAACAUUACUCGAUUAAUUUGUUGAAAUAACUCUCAGUUUCAACUUUUACUCUUGGACAGAGUAGACGCGGCAGUACAGAGCUGGACUGUUAAGUUGAAAAAUAUUCCUAUUUUUAUUUUUCUUGUGCCUGAAAAUAGUUAACAGAUCAAUCAAAUGCCUGAAUUUAAAGCAAAAUGUAGCGACAAUUUGGAAAAAGGGAAAAAUGUUAAUGCGAAAGAAACCGGUGAAAGGCGACAAGUUCCGUCAAACUAUGAUAAAUUUUCGCAAGCACAGUGAACUUUCGCCUAUACAAAUUUGCUGAUUCAUUGCAAGGUUUACAAGCUCUUGUUGUUCGUGUUAAUGCAGUAGUACUUGUGAUGUUAGGGUAAGUUGAAGUUAGAGCAAAAGUAAACACUUUUACGCCCUCGGCAUAACGUAUUCCGCCCUCCCCAUCUUUCGUCGUUGAGCGGCAGUUUUUCUAAUUCGCAAACUAUUUCACCAUAUGUUAAACUCUUUCACCUGACUAGGAUUAAUAUAGCUUCAUCAAAAUCAAUAUAGUUUGUUUUUAGGGCCUGUGAAAAAAUAUGUCGAUCUCAUCUCAGUUUUUUUUGCGGCCCCGCAAACGAAGCACGAGUAUCUGUGGCCGGGGGCGUUAAUGAAGCAAGGACAAUUAUUCUAAUGAAAGAAGGAGACGUUUAAUAUCAGCGUGUGUUGCGUGUGUUCUGGGUUCAGAGCGCGUGUUCGUGUGUUCUUGGUCGUGCAUAUUGCAUAUUUGUGUGUCAAUUUGAAAUGCAACAAUUUCUAUUCGGCGUUACUUUAUAAAAUUUUUGGUAGACCUACAUACAGCAGGUCCUGGGUAUUUAAAGUAGGAAGCUGAUGUCAUUGAAUAUUUGCCGAUGGCCAGUUGGCAGAGUAUGGCAAUUCUUCAACGGGCUAGGGUCCUGUUCAAGACACUUUUUCGGCAUGCUCACUCCCUUUUGCUUUUCAAAAUUCGGCGUGCAUCUUCAAUUUUCGGCGUGCAGCACUGGGCUGACCUUGUGCUAACUUCUGUCAUACUCUUAGAGAUUGGCUGAAAGGGAAACUCUUAUCUAGGUAUUAGGUAGGCAGUUUACCAUUGUUGAUCAAUGUGUAUGCUUUAGUUUAUUCCUUACCCAAUGGACCUAACCAUAAGGAUGUUCGAUCAACUUUUGGAAUAUUUAAACAAGUUGGCUCCUGUAUGAUUUAGAUAUGCAGGGUACGAAAUAAUUUAGGUCUUUGCUAAAAAACAUCAGAACAUACCGCCCAUCGGGCGGGGGGAGAGAAAUCAAUCUUUCGAAUAGCGUACGAGAUUUCCACGAAAACAAAACGAUUUCCAAUAAUUUUGUAGAUAACAAUACGAUUUCAACCCAAUGAUUUUUGGGAGUGAUUUGCCUCUCAGCCUACCUUUCGAUAGAUUUAAAGAGAUUGUACUCUUGCAUCCUCCUCUAAUUAGGCACCGGGUAACACCAUCUCUUUAAUGGUCCAAGUUUAAGUUAAAGGUUUUUCAUUUUUCUAUGCAUAAUAGUCUUGUCAUUUCUACCAAAUAUUGUAUUGGUCUAAAUUAUUUCAAAAUUUAGUUUUUGUCUUCAAGCUUGGCGUGUGUGUAUAGCUUAAUGCAUUAUUUUUAUAUCCGUAAUUUAUUCCGUUAAUCUGAGAAAUUAGAAGCAAAAUGUUGUAAAUAUGAAAAAAGUUAAAAAGUAAAAAGCGAAUAAAAGGCAACUGGAAGUUUAUGUUUCCUACUUAUUCCUGUAAAUUCAAGCCCACUGUCGGCUAUGAAUUCAAUUGUAAACAUGAUUAUAUUGAUAGAUGGUUGGAUAUACAUGACACAUUAGCGGAAAGUCAUGUUACCUUUGGGGUGUAGUGCAUGCCAUUUUCCUACAAGGCAGACGUAUCUACAAGAUAUCGGGGGCUCAAAAGCCAAUUCUUCUAAUUUUUUCUAAAGAUGCUUAAACGAUUUAAAUACAUUUCAAAAUGCACGAAAAGUGACAUUUAUAGAACGUUUCCAUCAGAAGAGUAUUAAAAUUUACAAAAUGUCUACCAUGAAAAUGCUUCUCAAAUCGUUGGCGCUACGGACACUUAUUCGCUAGAUCAUGCCCCAAGAAUUGAGCACUCAUGUUGCCAAUAUGGUCAGCUUCCGACCCCAUUUUUAAAUUUCUUAUCUACUUGAUAUUGCAGAUGGAAAAACUGUCAAUUCUUUAGAUUUAUAGAUGCGAUGUUGUUUUUCAAUAUAACACGAACUUUACCAAACAGGAGACUACUGGUCACAGCAAUAAGCCCUAAAGGCGUUAAUAUUUUAUAUUAAGUUCAUAUAAUAGUCUUUAUUUAUCUUUACUUUAUUUUUGGUAAGCAUUAUAAAGCUUUUCAAGUGCAGAUAUGAUAUUCAACAGGGGUGUCAC